ACACACUCACUCUCACACACACACACACACAGAGUCGAGCACAGAGCUCAUGGCUGUCCCUGGCUGAGACGCACGCAGACGCACACACAGUGAAUCAACAAGAAGGUCCCGUUACCUGCCAUGGGAGUCUGACCACCACCGACCACCGACCACCGACGUCCAGUAAUACUGUCACACCGCUUUGAGGCAAUAUGGAGCCUGUGGAACCCUCUUCAGUCGUAAAGAUCGGUUUUCUGCUGGUUCUGGUCACGUCAGGCUACAGUUUACAGAGAGCUCCUCGUGUCAUCACCCCAUUAGAGACCGUGGACAUUCUGCCGGACCACAAUGCCACCUUCAUUUGUGAAGUGGAGUCACGUCCCCCUGCCGACAUCACCUGGAUCAAAAAUAACCAACCAGUUAUGUACUAUGACCCCCGGUACAUCACCAGGGAGCAGGGACAGAUGCUUAUCAUUCCUCGUGUGAGAGAGUCAGACAAUGGAGAAUACUGCUGCAUUGCCAACAAUGGGAUUGGAGAGGCAGCCAAGAGCUGCGGAGCUCUGCAGCUAAAAAUGAAACCGCAGAUCAAACGUCAUCCCAACAACGUUACCCUCCUGCUGGACUCCAAAGCAGUGCUGCCCUGCGUGACCCUCGGUAAUCCCAAACCCGACGUCACCUGGCUCAAGGACGACGAGCUGAUCAAGAUCAGUGACCGCGUGACCAUUCUCGACUACGGCGCGUUGAAGAUUCACAGCAUUCAGAAGGAGGACGCGGGACAGUACCGCUGUGUGGCCAGGAACAGCUUUGGUUUGGCCUUUUCAAAACCUGUCACUAUAGAAGUGCAGGCUCCAGCUCGAAUCCUCCGCGUUCCAAAAGAGAAGAGGGUUGCGUACGGUAGCCAGGUUACCCUCGAUUGCAACGCCACGGGAAAUCCGAUCCCCACCAUCACCUGGCUGGAAAACGGGAAUACUAUUUCAGGUGCAUCAGUUGAAGAGACGUUGGUGGGAGAGGUGGUCCUGUCCGUUCUUAAAGUGACAGUGAAUAAGCCGGCUCUGUACACUUGUCUGGCCUCGAACAGACACAGCGCUGGAGCCAACACCGUCAAAGCGACCGCGAGAGUCACAGUCGCAGAGUGGAGACUCUACAAAGGUGUUGCGGGCUACUGCAGCGCCUACCGCGGAGAUGUUUGUCGCACCAUCCUGCGAGACGAUUCCUUGGUGUUCUUCAACACGUCCCUCUCAGACCCGGAGGACAUGCAGGAGUACCUGGUCCAGAGCUGGUCCGCAGAGCUGGAAGGACUCAGUGCGCUGUGUGGCCCUGCACUGCACUCCCUGCUCUGUCACCACGCCUUCCCUGACUGCAACCCAUCAGGGUUAGGACCGGCACCUAAACCGGUCUGCAGAGAACACUGUCUGGCAGUGAAGGAGCUGUACUGCCACAAGGAGUGGUUGUUGCUAGAGAGCAGCAGUUCAGUCCAGCGUGGACUUUUCAGCUCUUUCACCGGCUCCCACUCUUCACUGCUGCCUUACUGUACGGUGUUACCAAGUCUUCACACAGAUGCGGACGCUUGCACACAUAUUCCGUUUGUAGAUAUCAAGAAAGAUCGCGUUACAAGUGAGUUUCAAAAGUGCAGCACGUUCUGUUUAUAUUUAAUUUCUGAAACAGUAAGAGUAAAAAAAACAACAACACAUCUCCUCUACAUCCAUUCAACAGCAUCCUGUUACAAUGACAGAGGCCGCUUCUACCAGGGAAGUAUGAACGCGACGAGGUCGGGGAUACCGUGUCAGCCGUGGAGCCAGCAGGUCCCCCACCAACACCGCCUGUCUGUGGACGUCAUUCCCGAGUUGAAGGACGCGGACAAUCGCUGCAGGAACCCAGGAGGGAUCAGUGACAAGCCCUGGUGCUACACGUCAAAUCCCAACAUACGCUGGGAGUACUGUGGCGUGCGGCAGUGUGGGGAGGCAAGCACGGCGUCAGUGAUGAAGCCGGAGUCGCCGGGCCCUCGCCAGACCCCUCAACUCCCUUCCACCACGACCAUAUCAUCAUCCCCAGCUUACUCCAUGUCCGUCAUCAUCAUCGUCCUGUCUACGAUCGCGGCCGCGGUCCUCCUCCUCAUCGGCGCUCUUGCCUGCCGCAGACAGAGGAAGCAGUGGAGGAACCGAAAGAGAGCGAUGGAGACGCCAACAAUGAGCGCUCUCCCGUCAGAGCUCCUGCUGGACCGACUCCACCCCAACCCCAUGUACCAGAGGGUCCCCCUGCUGCUGAACUCAAAGAUACUGGCCCUCGAGUACCCGCGGAACAACAUCCAGUAUGUUAGGGACAUUGGAGAGGGAGCCUUUGGACGGGUUUUCCAAGCCAGAGCACCAGGUCUGUUGUCAAAGGACACGUUCACGAUGGUGGCCGUGAAGAUGCUGAAGGAGGAAGCUUCAGCCGACAUGCAGAACGACUUCCAGAGGGAGGCGGCACUCAUGGCCGAGUUUGACCACCCGAACAUCGUGCGACUCCUGGGUGUGUGUGCUGUGGGUAAACCCAUGUGCCUGAUGUUCGAGUACAUGGCCCACGGUGACCUCAACGAGUUCCUGCGCCGUCGCUCUCCAAACCACUCGGUGCACACGCUGAGCUGUGCCAGCCUAUCAGGUCGCAGCUUCUCCUCUGAGGUGGAGGCGGGGUCUCUCUCCUGCACCCAGCAGUUGUCCAUUUCCAAGCAGAUCGCUGCGGGCAUGGCCUACCUGUCCGAGCGCAAGUUCGUGCACCGCGACCUCGCAACCCGGAACUGCCUGGUGGGCGAGGAGAUGGUGGUGAAGAUCGCCGACUUCGGCCUCUCCAGAAACAUCUACUCGGCCGAUUACUACAAGGCCAACGAGAAUGACGCCAUCCCCAUUCGCUGGAUGCCCCCCGAGUCGAUUUUCUACAACCGCUACACCACAGAGUCAGACGUGUGGGCAUAUGGCGUGGUGUUAUGGGAGAUCCUCUCACACGGCAUGCAGCCGUACUACGGUAUGGGUCACGAGGAGGUCAUUUACUACGUCAGGGACGGUCACAUCCUCUCCUGUCCGGAGAACUGUCCUCUGGAGCUGUACAAUCUGAUGAGGCUUUGUUGGAGCACGCUCCCAUCAGACAGACCCAGCUUCUGCAGCAUACAUCGGAUACUGGAGCGCAUGCAUCAAAACACGCUGAACGCGAACACUGAGCCCGAGGCCGACUGCUAACCUGGGAGUCUGUGACAGAGAGCAGAUUGUUAUGUUGUGAUUUAGUGGCUGAAAGUACAUGAACUUUGAAUGAACUGAGUAUAGACUGAAAACUCUUUGUGAGUAUCAGUACAGCUGAUGCCGAUAUUAAUCCAAUAUAGUUAUUUUUACACCUUUUAACCUACAAGCACAGUAUCUUAUUAGCUCAUCUCUGAAUGACCACUGCCUUUAUUUUUCAGGACUAACCCAACAUGUUGUCCUCACUCAGUACGUUUACAUACACAGUUUAAUCGAGCUAAGGCCGUAGUCUGACUAAGACAACAGGCACAGUCCGAGUAUAAAGCUACUGUACUAAAAUGUAUAUGUCGUCUCCUUCUACUUCCGGGUCAAUGACCUCGCAGGAAACUUUGGUGUAUGCGUAGAAUGCCAAGUCCAACUCAGUCUGACUAAGCUUAAACACGCAGGAGUAAUCAGACUUUGAAUCGCAUUAUCAAGGUAUGUUAGUCCGAC